UUGGACAUCAGCCUGGCCACAAACGAACCACUCACAGCAGAAGCGUUAAAUGAUGACGAGUCUAUCCAAAAUGACCUGGAUAACCUCUCAAACUCAUUUGAGGACUUAAACUUUGUAGAUAGAAACAUAUCUGAUCUAAAAAGAGAACUAAUCUCUAUAGAUAAGGAGGAGGGCUUCGACGAGAACCAUUUUCUACUGGAAAACGAUGACAAUACGCUGGAAGAAAAUUUUUCAGAGACUGAAGUUGGCUCGAGGGCCGACUCACAGCAGCCCGGAUCUCCUGCUAAGAGCUACUCGUCCCCCGAGACUCAGCAAGACCAGGCCAGGUUCGGACUGGAAGGGAUUUUUGACGCAAUGAAGACGUACUACACUGACAAAUCUCCGUUUCUUCCCACCGGAAAGCUGGACACGGAGCCUUUGAAGCAAAGACUGCUCCAAGAGAAUCCACAACCUCAAAGGACACUCGACGAGGACUCAAUUUUCUUUGAUAGAUGUCUAUCAAAUUACAACUAUGGGAAAACAACGAGCUUCCGCAACAGCAACUUCCCAAAACUAUCGCUCGAAACAGUAUUUUAUGUAUUUUAUAACGUACCAAGGGAUGCAGUUCAGGACAUGGCGGCAAAGGAACUCUUCAAAAGACAAUGGAAGUACCAUGAAAAAAACAAACUGUGGUUCAAAAAGGAUCAAGAUAAGUUAACCUGGAUUUACUUCGACCCAGCCUGCUGGUGCACAAGGAGCUUAAAUUUAACGGCGGAGGUGGAAAGCUCACUGAUGUCGAGAGAAGAUCUGGAUAAACUUUCGGAAAACCACGAUUGA